CUCUCUAUCACACGAACUCCUUCUCUUCCAUCUCUCUUCUUUUCGAUCUCAAAUCUUAGGGGGGUUGUUGAACUGUGUAUUUUAAAAGAAUUGGGAACAUCAAAAAAUGUGUAAGUAACGUCUUAAUUUUAUUGGAUAGAAGUUUGAAAGUUCAUAAUCAAGGCCCUAGCUUUUCUCUCGGGCACGAUCUUCAAGGUAGCCGCCUCAACCAAGGUUCGACCAGAAUUUCGACUCUUCCGGCCGGCAUCUCUCCCUCGCUUUCUUCUCCUUCUUCCGCUCGCCGUUGCUUGUUGUGUCGACCCUUCCUCCGGCCUCCGGCCGUGAGAUUGGGGUCGACAAAUCCAUCCUCUUCUCCUCCAUUGUCUUUGUUCUCACGGUUUUCUUGUUCUUUAUUCUUCAUUCUGCAUCCGAUCUCGAUGUCUCCUCUGUUUGUCAGCUUGAUUAAAAGCUGGGAUAGCUUCUUCUUCGUGGAACCACCCAACCUCUCCGUUUUUGGGAUGGUGGCUUUUCCGGCGUCUCGUUCUGGCGGAUUUGGCGGCGUUUCUUCAACAACUAGUGUCUUCUACCGCUCCUCCAGCCUCCUGAAGCCUCUCUCCCUCGUUAGAGAUGUGGUUUCUUGUAGUUCUGCUGGCCAAUUUUCUUCUUUCGCCUUGGUGCGAUGUCUUACUGCUAAGUGCAGUUGGUGGGUAUUGGUCUGUUUCGGUGUCUCUGUCGAUGAGUCUCUGACAUUCCUCUUCUCUGUUUCUAGCCGCCCGAUUUGGAGCUCGAAAGUGAUAGUUCCCACCACAAAUCUUUCCUAUGUUUCCCUUGGUAGCCUCACCGUAGUCAUCUGCCGCCUCGCUCUCACCUUGAACUCUAUAGGUUGGCUGGGCUUGGUUCAGCCUUUCAUGUCCUCUAGUGACAUGUAUGUAGCCUUCAUGCGGGCCUCUCCUGCUGUAUGCAGCUUAUGGUCUGGUUUCUUCAUGGAUUCUAGUUGCACAAGAUACAAGACCGGCGUUCUCAUUCUGUGGCAACAUCGGCUCUCACAGUCUCCUCUCUCACAUGAUAUGACGUUAGAAGUUUUGUUGAGUUGUGUGAAGGACCAAUUCUUGAAUUGUUAGAGUUAGCAGCUAGGCUUUGGCAGAAGGUAAAGCAGCUCCAACCGUCAAAGAAAGCAAAGCUCCCGAAGCCAGAGAUCUUGGAUAUCCAUCUUGAAGCCUGCAUUAGCUUCUCGGAUGACGCGUGGAAGGCGACGUUCAAGCACUGUGGUUGGGCUGGAUUUUAAAGAAUCAAGUUGCUAGUUUAACUCACCAAAGAAGUAUGUCCCGACCCUAUGUGUCUUAUGUUCUUGUAGCAGAGGCUUUAGCUUUGAAAGCGGCAAUCACUGUGGCUUUAGCAAUGGCUGUUUUAAGGUUGGCUUGUAAUUCGGAUUGUCAAGAUCUCUUUCUUCUUCGCAAUUCCGGUGGCCAAGUUAUCGAAGUCGAUGGUCUGUUGGAAGAUAGCAGUCUCCUCUACUUUAAGUUUCUAUCUUUUUCCUUUGUUUACGUAUCUCAUUCUGUGAACUUUGAGGAUGGUUUGCUUUCAUGUAACGUCUCCUCCAUGAAUGGAGUUUGAGUUUAUUAAUUAAAAUGUUGGUUUACAAAAAAAAAAAAAAAAAAAAAAAGAAUUGGAUGGAUUCUGAAAUCAAUCGUUAUUCAAUUAGGUAUUUUAUAAAGUACAUUAAAAUCCACUGUUAUUGGAUUAUGUAUUUGUUUGAUGUAUUUUAAAAUAUCUUCAAAACACUGUUAUUCAAUGUCCAAGUGAUUUGGUGUUCA